AUGAGCGAGCUGCCGCCUGAUCGCAGGCGUUCCCUGGCUGUCCCAGCUAGUGGGGGAGACCCCUCUGCCGCCGCGACGUCGACAACGACACCCGCACAGCCCAACGCCGGCCGUAGCCUACCCACGCCCCUGCCGCGCUCGCAGCGGGGGCGAGGGACCACCGGGCGUCGCUGCCCGUGGGCGCCGGCGUCGGAGGCCUGCGCGGCACCCCCGGCGGCGGUGGAAUGCCGCCACGGACUGCUGAGCGCGGGGCCGCCGCUCCGGGAGGCGGGGUCCGCCCGCACCCCUCCGUCACCGCCGCUGCGCGCGCCACUACUGCGGCCACCACCACCACCACCACCACCACCCACCGGCGGCGUCGGCGUCGGCGGGCUUCGCCCGGUGCCCGUCGCCCGUCCGCCUCUCUCGGCGUCGGCGGCGCCCUCCGCUGCACGCGCGCCGCCGCCCGUCGCCCCUCGCACCGCGCCCGCGCCCGCUGCUUCCAACUCGCCCGUCCCUGUCAUUCGCCCGCCGCCCGCCGUCCCCGGCGCUGCUGGCGCUGCGAGUGCCGUCCCCACGCCCCCCUCGAACGGCCGCCGAUCGUUCACCGUGAGCGGCGGCCCUCCGCCCUUCAUGUCGCCGUCUGGCUCCACCACGGCCACCGCCGGAACCCCGGUCAACACCGCCGCCGCCGGUCGGGGCGGAUUCGUGCGGCCGCUCCCGCCCUCCACCGCCCCCGGCGCCGCGGCGGCCGCAACCGCUGCGCCGGCUCCCGCAGCUGGUCGGGGCUUCGGGACGAUGCGCUCGCCGCCGGCGCCGCCCAUUGCGGCCGCGAUCGGACCGCCGCCGUCGCACAGGGACCGGGCGAACCUCAACCUCUCCGUCUCGUCGCCUCCCGCCUCUUCCCAUUCGCCCGCCUCUCACUCGCCCGUCGCCAGCCCGUCGCCCACGUCUUCGUCGCCGGCUUCGCUCUCGCCCUCGUUCUCGCAAACGCUGAUGAGGCCUCAUCAGGGUUCGGUGCCGCCGCGCCCAGUCACGGCGCGCCCGUCUCCGCCCAUCUCCGCCGGAACGUCGCCCCUCGCCUCGCCCCUGGGCUCGCCCUCCGUCACCCGCCCGGUCGUCCCCUCGGCCGCCCCGUCGCCCGCCGGCGGUGCGCUGAGCCAGAGCGCCCCGAAUGCGCCCCGCCCCGCGGUGGGCACCCUUCGCCCCGUGACCAUGCUGGCGCCCCAGGGACUCGCCCAGGCUCUGCGCCAGGGCGGACCGCCGGGCCUGGGCCUCGGGCCGGCACCCCAGCCGGGGCUCGAGCUGAAGGACCUGCGCAAGGAGGCCAAGAAGCGCGACAAGCGGGCCACGCUGAGCGCGAAGGACUUUGAGCGCAAGAAGGAGAAGGAGGAGCGCGAGCGCGAGAAGAAGGAGAAGGAGGCCGAGCGCGAGCGCGAGCGGAAGGAGAAGGAGGAGCGCAAGCGCAAGGAGAAGGAGGAGAAGGACGCCCUCAAGGCCCGCGAGCGCGAGGAGAAGGAGGCCGCCCGCCUGCUCCUCCUCAACUCGGCCGCGUCUGCCGCCGCAGCGAGCCCGGCCUCGCCGUCGUCACCCACCGUCACGCUGGCCACGUUCGACUCGGCCGGCGAGCCCGGUGCCGGCGGCGGCCCCAGUUGGGAGAAGAAGGGCGGCAGCAAGCGCCGCACCAUGCUCUUCGGCAAGAAGGAGUCCAGCAUCGGACCCAAGGGCGGAUCUGGCAUCGGCGAGCAGGCUGACCUGCGCGCGCUGUUGGAGUCGACGGGAGGCGGCUCUGCGGCGUUCGGGGUGAUGUCGGUGGUGGCUGAGAAGAAGGAGCGCACCUUCGCCACCCUCAACGAGGUGCUGGAGCAGGGCGGCGUCAACGACCUCAAGAAGUUCAUCAAGCUACACAACGCGGCGGGCAAGCUGGCGGGUGAGGUGCUGAACCAGGACGGGCAGACGGCGCUGCACAUCGCGUGCUCGCGCUACGGCGAGGAGGCCGACCCGUCGCUGGUCAAGUACCUCCUCAAGCAGAAGGGCGCCAACCCGAGCGCCCGGGACAACCGCCAGUGGACGCCGCUCCACUGCGUGUGCCAGGCCUCCGCCUCGGCCUCCAUCGUCAACGCCCUCGUCCACGCGGGGGCCGAUGUGACGUCGCCCAACGUCGACGGCACGAGGCCGCUCGACUACUUCGUGCGACACGGGGCCAAGGACAAGGAGCUCGACGCCUUCGAGCAGGCCCUCGACCACCUCCUCAAGGGCAACUCCGUCAACUUCAAGAACCCCACCAGCGGCGAGACGGCUCUGCACAGCGCGAUUCGGUCGGGGCACAGCGGCAACCUGCACACCAUCAAACUCCUGCUGGCGCGCGCCGCCGACGUUUCCAUCACCAACGCCGGCGGCGAGGCUCCCCUCCACUAUGGCGUCAAGGCCGGACGGGUCGACAUUGUGGAGCUGCUCCUGAGCGCGGGUGCCGAUCCCCGGCAGGGCGCGGACACCGACGUGGGCAGCCCGCUGGUGAUGGCCGAGCGGCUGCCCGAGAGUCCGGAGAAGAACUACAUCCUCCGACAGCUCACCAAGCAGGUCUCCCUCAUCCAGGCCCAGGAAGUCACUUCGCCGCGGCAGCUGUUGGCGAACAAGCUGGAGGAGGCCAAGGAGAGGCGCCACUUUACCGAGCGGAUGCUCAAGGCCAGGGAAGAGGAGAUCACCAAGCUCGACUCUCAGGCGGCAGAGGAGCAGCAGAAGGAGCAGAACCUGCAGGCGGAGCUGGACCGCCUCAAGCGCCACCACCAGGACCUCCUGGCCCAGCGCCGCCGCGUGUAG